AUGGCUGCCUUGACGGCGAGUGCGGGCCGCCUGUGGAGGCUGCGUGCGGCCAGGGCCGGGGGGCCCUGGCGCGGGCUGUGCGGCGCGGGGCUGCCGCGGGGCUUCCUGCAGCCCGCCUCGGCCGGCGGGGAGGCGGCCCCGCGGCGGCAGGUGGCUCACUUCACUUUCCAGCCCGACCCGGAGUCCCAGGAGCACGGACAAACUCAGAAAAUGAACCUUUUCCAGGCUAUAACAAGUGCUUUGGAUAACUCACUGGCCAAAGAUCCUACUGCAGUAAUAUUUGGUGAAGAUGUUGCCUUUGGUGGAGUCUUUAGAUGUACCGUUGGCUUGCGAGACAAGUAUGGAAAAGAUAGAGUUUUUAACACCCCUUUGUGUGAACAAGGAAUUGUUGGAUUUGGGAUUGGAAUUGCAGUUACUGGUGCUACUGCCAUUGCAGAAAUUCAGUUUGCAGAUUAUAUUUUCCCAGCUUUUGAUCAGAUUGUUAAUGAAGCUGCCAAGUAUCGAUAUCGCUCUGGGGACCUUUUUAAUUGCGGAAGCCUUACCAUCCGUUCCCCUUGGGGCUGUGUUGGCCAUGGGGCUCUCUACCAUUCUCAGAGUCCUGAAGCUUUUUUUGCUCACUGCCCAGGAAUCAAGGUGGUUAUACCCAGAAGCCCUUUCCAGGCCAAGGGACUUCUUUUGUCAUGCAUAGAGGAUAAAAAUCCUUGUAUAUUUUUUGAACCUAAAAUACUUUACAGGGCAGCAGUGGAACAAGUUCCUGUGGAACCAUACAACAUCCCCUUGUCCCAGGCCGAGGUCAUACAGGAAGGGAGUGAUGUUACUCUAGUUGCCUGGGGCACUCAGGUUCAUGUAAUCCGAGAGGUGGCUUCCAUGGCUCAAGAAAAGCUUGGAGUGUCUUGUGAAGUCAUUGAUCUGAGGACUAUACUACCUUGGGAUGUGGACACAGUUUGUAAGUCUGUGAUCAAAACAGGGCGACUGCUAAUCAGUCACGAAGCUCCCUUGACGGGCGGCUUUGCAUCAGAGAUCAGCUCUACAGUUCAGGAAGAAUGCUUUCUGAACCUGGAGGCUCCUAUAUCCAGAGUAUGUGGCUAUGACACACCCUUUCCUCACAUUUUUGAGCCAUUCUAUAUCCCAGACAAAUGGAAAUGCUAUGAUGCCCUUCGAAAGAUGAUCAAUUAUUGA